CCCCACCACAUCCCGCCAAAAAAGUUAAUCGGGGGCCGCGCGGUAGCGUGACCGCAUCAGUUCGGCGUGGCUUCUGGUAGACGUGAGUGGGCCGCUGUCCCCGGCAGACAUCGCGACGCACCGCAGCGCGACGAGAGGACCAAGGCAACACGCCGCAAACGACUGCAAGAAUCGUCGGCACCAUGGACCCCGUACUCCUGGCGAUGGUGGCCCUGCUGGUGGCCAUCGCCGUGCACCUGGGGCUCAAGAGGAAGGCCUUCGUCGACCGGGUGAACGCCAUCCCCGGGCCGCCGACCACGCCAUUGGUUGGGAACCUCUUCCGCGUAGCGCAGCACAACUUUGAGGUGCUCGCUACUUGCCAGGACUACGCCAAAGACUACAAGGAUAUCUUCCGCGUGUGGAUCGCUUCUUUUCCCUACGUCGCUCUCAACACCGCCGAGUACGUUGAGAGCGUGCUGAGCAGCGUGCAGCACAUCGAGAAGAGCAACGACUACUCCACGCUGCACCCGUGGCUGCGCUUCGGGCUGCUCACCAGCACGGGCUCCAAAUGGCACACCCGCCGCCGCCUGCUGACGCCCACCUUCCACUUCAAGAUCCUGGACCAGUUCGUGCCGGUCUUCAACCGCAACGUGGACGUCUUGGUGCGCAAGCUGUCCCGCGAGGCGGAGCACGGCAAGCCCUUCAACGUCAGCCACCACGUGCACCUGUGCGCCCUGGACACCAUUUGCGAGUCCGCGAUGGGCACCAAGGUGAACGCCCAGGAGAAUGCCGAGUCCGAGUACGUCAACGCCGUGAAAACCGUUUGCUGCCAAGCCUACUCGAGGCUAGUCAAGCCGUGGAUCUACCCGAAUGUCACUUUCUACUCCACUCCGGGAGGCUGGUCGUUCAACCGGGCGCUCAAAGUCCUCCACGGCAUGACGUCAUCCGUCAUCAGCAUUCGCAAGAGAGAAUUCUCCACGGAGGACCUCGUCAAUAUACAAAACGAAGCGGAGGACGGCACCAAGAAGCGCGUCGCCUUCCUCGACCAGCUGCUGCUGGCCAACCAGAAGGGAGCGGACUUGUCGGACAUUGACAUCCAGGAGGAGGUGGACACCUUCAUGUUCGAGGGCCACGACACCACCGGCACCGCCAUCAGCUUCGGCCUCUACGAGCUCUCUAAGAACCAGGAUGUCCAGCAAAAAGCUUACGAAGAAGUGGUGUCGAUCCUGGGCGAGGUCGGCGAGGGCCGGCAGGUGGAGACGGCGGACCUGGCCAAGAUGAAGUACCUGGAGCGCGUCAUCAAGGAGGUGCUGCGGCUGUACCCUAGCGUGCCCGUCUUCCUGCGGGCACUGCACUCGGACCUGGUGCUGCCACCCGUCAAGGGAGCCAAAGAGUCCUACACCGUGCCGGCGGGGACGUCCAUCUUCGUGAGCCCCUUCACCCUGCACCGCGUCGAGGCCCUGUGGCCGGACCCCGAGCGCUUCGACCCUGACCGCUUCCUGCCCGAGAACAGCGUGGGCAGGCAUCCCUUCGCCUACAUCCCCUUCUCCGCGGGGCCGCGCAACUGCAUCGGUCAGAAGUACGCCAUUAUGGAGAUGAAGUGCAUAUUCGCCCGCCUGAUCCAGGAGUAUCGCUUCCUGGAGGCGUACCCGGGCUACCAGGCCGAGGUCGUGGGGGAACUCAUUCUCAAGCCAAAGGGCGACGGUAUCCUGGUCAGAGCCCAGAGGAGGGAAGUCCAAGUCUAGUCCUCCCCACUGCCCGUCGUUGGACAAGCUGGACCGAGUCGAUGCUCCUGGUCAGGAUAAAAUACUGCCUCAGAUUCGAACUAGUUUGGACCACGACACACUCCAAAAGUCUCAUGGCGAAGAGCCUCCAUAUUACGAUGAAAAUUCUCCUGAUGAUGCAGCUGACUUUGUAGCUUACUUCUGACAGUUCCUUGUAUCUAAUGGUUAUUUUGUCGAAUUCCUUUUGCUAUAUGAAGAAAAUCUUCACCGUAAUAUGUAUGUUGUGCAGCCUUGUGCGGUCAUGUGAUAAUUUAGGAUAACGAAUUAUAUUUUUAUAAGACUAGUUCUAUGUUAAUAAACUCGAGACUGCUUUCUUUA